CCUUCGCAAGUGCGCACGCAAAAACGUGUCUCUGCCCAAACUCGUCUCUCGUAUUUUAUACACGGGCUAAAUAACAACAAGUUUUAGGAGUUAAAACCAGAGAUCAGCCGGUGCUGCAUAACAGACAAGUGUAACAAGUGGCAUUCCUGAUGGUCUUCUGAUGAGAGUUACUUAACAAAAUCUAUUACAACAACAAUAGCCAGAUGGAUGAUCAGUCACUCUGUCAUAUCUGCGGAAAACUCGCCGCAAACCUCGUCCUUCACCUUCGUACCCAUAUCACCGUGCGUCCUCAUCACUGUUCGGUAUGUGAAAAAGCUUUCAGUCGGACGAGGGACCUACAGAGCCACAUGCGGACUCACACGGGCGAGAAGAGUUAUCGGUGCACCAUGUGCGAAAAAAGUUUUGCCAAUUCCAAUGAUCUCAAAAGGCACGUGAAAACCCACACGGGUGAACGCACCCACUACUGCUACAUCUGCGGAAAAAGUUUCAUAACCUCGAAAAGCCUUGAAAUACACUUGCGCGUCCACACGGGCGAGCGCCCCCACAACUGCUCUGUGUGCCGCAAAGCCUUCAGUGACCCCGGCAAUCUAUCAAAACACAUGCGCACCCACACGGGCAAACGGCCCCACAGCUGUCCCACGUGCUCGAAAACCUUCAGUAGAGCCGAUAACCUCAAAAUGCACGUGCGCACCCACACAGGCGAGCGUCCAUACAGCUGCUCCACUUGUGGACGGGCCUUUGCCCAAAGAGGCUCUUUGACGGUCCACGUGCGCACCCACAUGGGCGAAAAGGCGCACCACUGCUCGGUAUGCCGGAAAGGCUUCAGCCGGGCUGACGUUCUCACGAUACACAUGCGCACUCACACCGGCGAAAGACCCUACAAGUGCACCGCUUGCCCGCAAGCCUUCAGCCGAGCCUACAAUCUCAAGGCACACGAGCGAAGCCACACGGGCGAGCGUCCUCACCGGUGUUUGACGUGCCAAAAAUGCUUCGCCCGAUCGAGUGACCUUUUGAAGCACACGCGCACUCACACGGGCGAAAAGCCUUACCAGUGCUCCUUCUGCUUGCACUCUUUUAUCCAAAAGGUCCAUCUCAGGAGUCACAUGCAGAUCCACAUGGCGAAGAAAAUAAUAUCUUGAUGCUACGUAUUUUUUUUUGGAUAUUAUCAACAGCUUUGGUAAAGAUAACUGUGGAUUGAGUUGACAAUUAAUACGGCAGAAUUAAUUUGUAUUCGUUGUACGCUUCUGAACCUUCAAAGAUGGAGGGUCUUAUUUUAGAUUGUACAUCAAGCCAAAUAAACAGUAUUUAAUUAUUAAA